AUGACUUUAGAGAUUUAUCCCAUCACCGCGCUAAAUUUAUACCACGACAAGUUCAGUCCCGAGGAAACAAUCAAAAUCCUUGGUUCAGCAUCAUGUUCCUUGCGUGAAGAGUAUAUGAGAUGUUUUGAUUUCCCCGAGAAUAUCCUAACUUCGCUUCGAAUGCUUUGUCAACGCUUACAUAUGAGAGCAGAAAGCCAGCAGUUGGAUAGGAUCAUGAGCUCUUUUGCCCACUCAUAUUUGGAACAGCAUCCAAGGAAUAAGUUCAAAACUAAUAAUUAUGAAAUGAUCUAUAUUGUAAUGUACAGUUUGAUACUUCUCAAUACAGCUUUGCACAAUGCCGAGCUAGGCAAGAGAUCAAGAAUAAGUAAGGCUGAUUUCGUGCUGAACACGUUUACAACUUUUUUACUACAAGAUGAAGAAACACUGAGCAAGAUUACGAUAACUGAAAAAUGUACUAUUGAAAAUGAAUUGGCCAUGUAUUAUGACGAUUUGUUGAAAAACGAAUUACACUUGAAAGGCACUGGCGAUGAGAGCAAGAGCAAUGUCAAUGUCAAUGCCAAAGUCAAUGCCAAUGCCAAUGCCAAUAGCAGCAAUGGCAAAGGUAAACAUGGAUUGGAGCAUGAACUUAGAAGACAAUCCUCAGCUUCAUCGAUAUGGUCAGUUGACACAAAAAGAUCUUCUUUAGGCAUAAACAGAGUUUUUACUAAUGCAUCAGAACAAUCUCGUAUACCACAAAGAGUCGGUUUAGCAAGAGCUUUGAUCGGCCAUGGUAAUGGCAAUGACAAGUUAUACAACCCUAGUUUUGAUUCCCUUGAUAUUGAUAUCAACGAGUUUUCACAAUACGACUUUGAAGAUUCCGAAGAAGAAUCCUUUGAGUUGAAUGGUAGCCCUUUCUUAAAAGAAGGGUUAUUGAAAUUGAGAGUAUUGAAUAAUGACUCAAUUGACGAAGCUGAUUCUACUUUCCAUCAGCAUCAAACAGCAAAUAUUAAUAACAAUAAUAACAAUAACAAUAAUCGUUUUUUAUCUUUAUUCAAGCAUCAGCAUAGAAACACUAUAGGAGUUAACUCAAACCUAUUAAAGAGUAGGACUACUGAGAAUUUUGUUGUUGUCUCAAAGGGUGAAAUUUUAUUAUACUCAUUUGAUCCCAAGAUUGUGAAAAAGCAAAAAGAGAUUGAAUACGAUGAAGAUGAAGAUGUUGGUGAUGGAAACUGGUUGAGGAAUGCAGCAAAGAUUGGUAGUUAUAGUCUAUGUUCUUCAUUUGCCCAAUUGGAAACAAGUCAAAGCGGCAAAUCUUGGUCAUUGACAUUUCCUAGAGUAUCAAAGCGACUAGCUAAGAAAUUUAUAUUUGAGGCUGGAACCAAAGAGAUUGCAUUGGAGUUUGUCAAUACUUGUAAUUUUUGGGCCUCAAAAAUAACAGCGAUACCUCCUUUAGAAGAAAGUGUAUCCUCAUUAGAUUAUGGGUGGAAUAACAUUGAUUUUUUAAUUGCCCAUAGAGACAAGUUUAAAAAGAUGAAGCGUAUACAAAAAUGGGAACCAUUGGUGGCUGGGGUAAAUUUAUCAAGUAACGUUAAUAAUCAAAUGGGGAUGAUGAAACAAUUUGUUAAGACUUCGAAUUACUACAAUCAUUUGAAGAAAUCGCAUAAUGAUUUUGUUACUAUGAGGCAAAGGUUUAUUAACAAUCUACCCAAGAGUUAUUAUGGCGGGUCUAAUUAUAAUCGAGUUUUAACUAAUUUCAAUUUAAAGAUUGAAACUUAUAAGUAUCAGUUACAAAUUUAUCGGAGCUAUAUAAUCAUGUUGGGAUUUGCUCUACAAUUAAGGUUUGACCAUGAGCUGAAGAAAAAGACAGACACAUUUACAGUAAAAGAAAGAAGAAGAAGAAGAAGAAAAAAGAGAGAAUAUGAAGAAGAAGAGGAGGAGGAGGAGGAUGAAGAUGAAGAGGAGGAUGAAGAUGAAUAUGAAGAGGAGGAGGAGGAAUUAGAAGAUGAAGAAGAAGAUGACGACCUAACUAGAGUUGUCAAAAUCGAGAUCAAAAGAUUAUUUGUCAACAUGAAGGAUAUUUCUCAAGUAAUACCUACAUAUAAAACCUCGAUGUCACUUAAAAACCUAACUGAGCUAACUCAAGAUUAUAAAUUGGUAAAAUCACCAAAAACAUUCACUUUAUCCAAUUACAAAAACAAUGAAUCCCCCAUAGCUCAAUUGCUUGCAACAACAAACUUUAACACCCCUAUGAAAACACCAAUGAUGGAGCAAGCAAUAGCCGAAGAGCUGGAGGAAGAAGAAGAAGAAGAAGAACAUGAGAAAAAAGGAGGAAGAAGAGGGAGAAGUAGAGGCAGUAGUAAAGGCGGAAGUGGAGCAACUGAGGGGGAAAAUGAGGGUGAUAGCGAAGUAACUAAAGUCGAAUUGCACUCCCCUGCUAAUAGUAUUAAAAAGCCUAAUCUAAACUUACAAAACAAAGUCUCCGCCGUGGUUAUAUAA